CGAAAGCUUCUCUUCACCUCCCUGCUCCACCGCCUUGCUCCUCUACCGUGGCGCAGUUAUUGAGAUCGUGAAAAGAGAGUCUUGCCUUUUCUUCGAUGCGUUGAACAUAAAUACCAUGCAUGCCAGCCAGCUUGACAACACACUGGACAAACCCGCAACGCUAUCACAAUUCAAGUCAAAGUCAAUCACGAAUUAACAAUGAACGCACCUACACCCACUCAAACACCGCUCUCCACCACCACUUCGGUCCCAGCCGCGGCCGUGACCUUCAACGCGAUAUGGAACUAUCCCGUGGGCCCGUCCUCCCUGAUGGCGAGCAUCAUUACCAGCUAUGACCUGGUCGACCAACAGACGACCGCCGUGGUGCACUACGCCGUGGACUGCCCGCCCGCCGACAAGCCCGACAAUAACAUGUGUCGCAGCCUCGGGAUGUACCCGAUGGAGGUGUACUACACGCAGGGCUCAGUCCGCGCGGGUCUGAUGACAGAUCAGUUCAGGGACCGCACGACUGCCUGGACAUGCCACCUGGGGACAUGCCCGUCGUCCGCGACUGCCUGCCACGGGCCCGUCAGUGCGAGCUGCAACCUCACCAUCACGGGCUCGGCCGGCCCGGCCACCACCCGGUACGCGUUUCCGGAACCCUGCGGACAGAAUUCCGUCCCUAUUGAGAUCACUGCCGGCUUGGACAAAGUCAGCAUGCCGGCGUACUGGCUGCCCACGGGCACCUGGACGGAUGUGGCGGAAUAUGCAGCGGCCAUGACGAGCGCUUGGAACAGCGAGUUGGUCGAGAGCGGGUGCUCCACGCGUCUUGCGCUCGACGUGCUGGUGAGCUCGGCGGCACAAGACGGAGAGAGCAGUACGGCUGGGCCACCAGCUACCACGACGACGGAUGGGGGUUCUGCCAGCACGACGCCGCCUGCUCCGGUGCCGCCUGUGCAGACUGCUGGUGCGGCCAGGACAGGUGCUGGCUCUCAUGGGCUGAAGGUGAUUGGAGUCGUCGGCGCUAUCUGCGGACUUACACAGAUGGUGCUUUCCCUGUAGACUUGCCCUGGCCAGUGUCUUGUGGCCAUAGGCAGAUCUUGGUGAGGGGCCAGGUCUGUUUACAAACCUGAAUUGAAUGUAGAAUGGAGACCUGCUAGUCUAUACAUAUAUAACAAAUGCAGCUUGAACUUACAGGAACGCCG